AUGGUUGCCAAAAUCAUUAACCUGGCCAUGCGCGGCCUCCAGUUCUUCUGGGCUCUCCUCAUUAUGGCGCUCAUCGGAAACAUGAUCGCAACUUCGUACGCUGGCAACCCUUCGAUUGUCAACUACUCGAUGUUUGUUUCGGUCUUCAGCAUGCUGUCGCUCUUUUACCUCAUCCCCGCCAGCAUCAAGGAGUCGUUCAUGAUCCACCCUCUUCUCGUCGUUGGUCUUGAUGUUCUGAACGCCAUCUUCUACUUCUGUGGUGCCGUCGCCAUGUCGGCCUACCUUGGUGUCCACAGCUGCGGUAACAGCUCAUACACCCACAGCAACUCGAUCACCAAUGGCUCCCCCAACACCUCCAAGCGCUGCCACGAGGCCCAGGCCUCGACUGCCUUCCUCUGGUUCGGCUUUGCUGCCUUUGUUGUCUCUGCCGUCUUCGCUGGUCUCCAGGGCCGUAACUCUGGCGUUAACAUGCGCGGUGGUGCCGGUGGCAUCAGAAAGGGACCUGCCAUGAGCCAGGUCUAA